AUGUCCUCGAACGGCGCUGACGGCACCUCCACUAAUGGUGGUGGUGACUCCAAACCAGAGAUCAUUCUAUAUACCAACCACCAAUGCCCAUGGGCACAUCGGGCUCACAUAGCCUUGAAAGAGUUGGGUCUUCCAUACAAGGAAGUGAUUAUUGACUUGGACAAGCCUCGUGAGCCAUGGUAUUUGGAAAUCAACCCGCGCGGUCUUGUCCCCAGCAUCAAAUACAACAACCACAUCAUCACCGAGUCCGCCAUCGUCACUCAAUUCCUGGCCGACGCCCAUCCCGCCCAGUUACUCCCACCGACAACAUCGCCAUCAAACGCGCUGGUCCGUGCGCGCGUCGCCUUUUUCGUCGAUGCCUUCAUCUCCAAAGUCCUCCCGAAAAUCUUUGCCGCUCAGAUUCAGCGCGCCGAGGACAAAGACGCCGACACCGCUGCCCGAGACAUUGUGGCAGCUGUGGCCAAGGAGCUCGAACCGCUGUUCACGUGGGACAUUUCUAGCAGCAGUCCUUUUUUCGGCGGUUCGAACCGUUUGACUUUGGCUGAGGUCCAAACCGCCUCAUUUCUCAUCCGUCUACUAUCCUUCUCCAAACCGGAACAUAACCUCCUCAGCCCACACCUCAACACCCUGUUGGCCGAGCAGACUCCCAAGUUCACGGCCUGGGCCCGUCAAGUCGUUCAGCAGCCUAGCGUCACGGAUAUCUGGGAUGAACGGACCGUCGUUGAGAGGACGAAGGCGAGGAUUGCGAAGCUUGCUGCUGCGGCGGAAGCGGAAGAAGCGAAGAAGUAG